ACCCCCGCUGCAGAGGGACAGAUGGUACAUACUGUUGGUGCUGCUCUAACUGCUCUGUCAUUGAUUCAGUAGUAACACAGUCGUCAGUCCACAGCCUGCCUGCCUGCCUGCAGAGAGAGAGCCAAAACAGGAAGAGAGAAAGAGAGGACACAAGGAGAGAAGAAAAGAGAGUGAUUGUGAGAGAGAGAAGCAGGGAAAGCGUCCAGCCAUCUUUCUGUCUCCAGUCUGAAAGCCACAGACGCCCUCUUUGUUUGGCGUCCCUGAUAUGACCCUGUUUAAAAGUGAGCACCACCGCAGCCCACGAUACAUUAGCAUGAGUGGAGAGCUGAAGUCCAGCCGUUCCAAGACCGGCAGCAAGAGACCCAGCAGCAAUCCAUACGGAUCUGAUUAUGACCUGGACUAUGAGUGCUAUCAGGAGGACCUCUAUGACAGGAUGUAUGACUACCAGCGCGUGCCAGCUUCCCUACCUCCCCUGUCCCAGGGACCUAGCCUGGCCAAACGACCCCGCUCCUCCUCCACUUCCUCUGGGCACAGACGCAGCCGAGACAGGCCCCCCUCCAAGAGCUCCAGAGCCCACUCCACCAGCUCCAACAGGGCCAAGUUGAGAAUGGAGGAGCUGCAGGUCAUUAAGAGGGAGCUGACUCUGAUAAAGACACAGAUUGACGGGCUGCUUGACAACCUGGACAGGAUGGACACACAGAGGCAGGACCACACAGGGUCUCCCGUGAGGGAGGGCAGCCUGGCCGGGUCACCGUACUCCCCCUCCGCCAGCAGUGGUGAGCGCUCACCCUCCCCCCUGUCCCCCCCACGCCGCUGCAUCCAGAGAGAGAGCCCCGAACUGGGGGAGGCCAGCGACGAUGAUCACACGAUGAAUAACCACAGCUCUGACCCUGAGGACGAGAUGUGAGGAUGGAAACAGAGAAGAAACGGAGGAGCGUCAGACAUAGAGGAAGAGAAUAUCUGUCUUGUCAAGAAGUUACCAUGCCAACAACUGAUUCAGAGGCCCCACUCCUGUCGAACCAACCAGUUACAUUGUAUUCUACAUCCACAUAUACAUCAAACAGAAAUACACUACUACACACACCACUUUGUGUUCAGAGUUAGCCUCUUUAGGUUCUAAAUCAUCUAUUCCUCCUCUCUCUGUCUGGUAAGGGCAGAUAUUGUAUGUGUGAACAGCACACACACACAGACACACAGGCACACACACACACACACACUGUAAUUACAGUUUAUCAGAAAUCAACUCCAUGUAUCUCCCUUGGCUAUUCCCCACUGAGAUCAGCUCACCACACACACACACACACACAUUUUAUCUGUAGAGUGUAAUUAUUAACCAGAAGAGGAAGGUGAAAUAAUUUCCAUAUUUAUAAUUUUCUUACGCUCUUUUUAGCACGUCUUCAUAUUUUCCUGAAUAACAUUCUGAUUACCAAUCCGUAUAAAUUUUACCUGCAUAUUGAGAGACUGUUUUAAAAAAAAAUGAGCAUACUAUAGAUGUCGCAAUCAUAGUUUUUCAGUGAGUUGAGUUAUUUUGUUAUCUGUAUAUCAUAUCACUACCAGAGCAUGAAUUCAUCAGUUUAUACUUGUCCAUCAGUUAAACCCCCCCCCCCUUAUGUCUGUGUAAUGUUAUCUCCCUGCUGUAUUACUACCUGUCUGUAUUAGGUAUGAGGAGACAGUAGCCCAUCUCUUCCUCUAUGUACCUGGCGCUAUGAGCUGAGGAGAGGCCCCAGCCCGGUCCAUGUGUAAUAUUGUGUAUUACUGUAAAACUUUACUGUAUUAGGUCAGCUGUACGAUUUUAAUCCAUCAUUUUGUUUUAGUUUUUUUAAUUUAAUGUUUUUUAAAGCGAGAAGAAAACGAUAAUUGUUUUAUUAUAAUUCUAGUGGUGUUAAAUGUUUUGUUAGUUCUGUUUGUAUUCAUGAAGAAGCCAAGUGGAAACACUACUCACACUGUCACAGUAGUAAAGGUAUUUUCAUAUUGAUUAAAAACACCUCUGGGAGUGUUUUCUU